GUUGUUGUAACGGGAACUAAAUGGUUAAUGUAAAUUGUGAUGUGAUUGUUAUUUGUAUGCCAUAAAUUGAAAUUACCAAUCAAAUAAAGCAGAUAGUACACUCGAACUAUACACUAAGUAAUAAUAUAAAUACUUACCUUCAGAACAAAAUUUUGUGUGAAGUGUCUGUGAUUAAAAAUAUAAAUUGAACAUUUCCAUUUUACCCUGCAGGUUUUGGAAGGGGCUAUUCUUCUAUUAAUUGUACCUGCCGGAUUUUCGCAGCAUUUCCGCGCGUUUCGGAAGCACAAGCGUCUAUGGAUCAGCCAUAAGCUAUCAACUUAGAUCGGUCGUGAGAAGCAGAGACCGUCACGUUUUCAUCAUGACCCUGCACUGGUGGAUGCACUGGUUCUGGGUGACGGCGAUGCUCUUGAUCAUAGCUAGCGGCGGUAAUGACGCUGCGCCUCAGUCAGAGCUAGAACCAAUAAGCGACGUCCAAACAGAGCCAAGAUAUGCAGACAGACAACCACGAGCUAUGUACUUUACCAAAACACCACUUGUAACGACUCGAGCCCCAGAUGACGUAACUAAAGAAACUGUCACUAAAAAUAUCGAAAAGGUAUCAAAUGCUUCAGUAAAUGCCACAGAUGUACAAAUACAGUGGACCCCAGUUAACACCACAGAUAAUACAACUCCGACAGAAAAUAUAUCUGUAGAGACAUUUACAAAUGUAACAGAGUCAAGUAAUACAACGUAUUCGAGAAGACGAAAUCUAACAAGACCGGACCCAGACUACGUAAAGGAAGACGCGAUAGAAGGACUAUCAGAGAGUAGAAUAGUGACUGAAAAGCCGUUGUCCCUCGAGACGACAUUCCUUCAAACCAGAAUACCGCCUAAUAUAGAAUCUUCUAGACGUAUUAUAGAUCGGAAUGAAGGCGGAAUGGACACGGGUGCGAUUGCUGGCAUAUCAUUUGCAGCAUUAGUGAUAGCUGCACUUGCUGGUAGUACGGCCUUCGUUUUGUACAGAAGGCGAUAUUUGAAUAAACCCCAGACAUUGAAUGAUAAAUGUUCUAAUCCUGAUUCAAGUGGAUAUUUAGAUGAUAGUACUAUUAGGGACAAUUCAGAAGAGAUGUACAGUUUGGAUAACGACUCGUUCCUGAACUCUCUAGAAGCCAUGACUAUACAGAACUAUUGGACGGAUACAGUGAAGCACACUAAGCUAUAGACUAUCAUGACGUGUUGGAAUGUGUGCUCACUAUGAUUUACUAUUAUAAUGUAGUAUAAAGACGAUUUAACGUAAAUCUUAUUUAAACUGUAAUAAGUAUAUGUUAAGAGAUUACUGUCGCGUGGCAAAAGGAAUUUCGGGCAUUGACCCCAAAUUUUUGUAUCUAUAUUUAAGUAAAAUGAGCUAACAAAAAUAUUAUGGACUUUGCCAAUUGAUGAUGGCAAUUAUAAGAUUUCACAUUAGAUAUUUAGACGUAAUUAUAUACACAUAAAUAAUUUUGUUAUUUAUGUAUAUACAUAUAACUUGAACAUUUUAUGUAUAUUUUCCCAGUACAGUGAGUACAUAUUGACACUGUUAGGGGCAAACAUUCCCGCUUUAUAUUAGGUGGUAGUAAAUGUUCUGUCCCAUUUGAAAAGUCGGCAAUUAAAAUCUCGCUAUCGCUACUAUGCUAUCAAAGAGUUUUUUACUGCCAACUACAUUAUAAGUUCUGUAAUGUCUGCCUAGUCUAUGAAAAGAACAGGUCAAUGUACGCAAUUCUUUAUGCUGUGUGACCAUACUUUACUAUAAGUAUCUAAGCAUCACUUCUAUAACCUUUGCUGUUUUUGUUGAAUAUUUUCACACUGUUUUAACGGACCAAUGAUUUGUAAUGAUUAAUUUUGAAGGAAUACUUGUAGUAUCUACUUACGUAUUUCUUUAUAUCUUAUUUAUAAAUUUUUUAUUUAUUUAUUUUUAUGAAAUGUUUCUAUAAGAAUACCUGAGGUAACCUUACCCGAUCUUUUAUGAAUAAAGACGGUAACGUGUACCAAAGUAGGUAUAUUAUUAAUUAGUUUAUAUUGCUUGUUAAAUAUGGCUCUAAUGAUGAUAAUAUAAAUAUAUAUAUAUCAUACAACUAUAAAUGUAAUAUCGUUGUGUUUAAACAUACUAAAGAAUUUUACAAAAAUUAUAAGGAAAUUAAAAAAAAUGCAAUAAUAUUUUUUUCAAUGCUCUUGGUUAGUCGUAUUUUUGUUAUUUUAUGAAUGAAUUCUUUUGAUUUGCCUCCGCCAUCUUAACGAUGUUGAAUGCGCGAAAGUCCAUUGACAUACUACAUACAAUUAGACUCCCAAUCGCCUAUUAAAACAUCGUUAAAAAAUGUCCGAGCGACGUUGUAUAUAGAUAACAUUCAUUCAAAUUAACACCUUGUUUGAUUUUGUAUGAAAAUUGAUGAUAUAAUUAUUUAGCAAAAUGAUUAAAAACGUUAAGUUAGAUACAUAAUUUUGUUAAUUUAAAAAGGCACUGACCUGAAAUACUGCGCUCAAAAUACGACGCUAGUAAGUUUGGAUAUGCUGUUAAUUGGACAGAUUUUCACUGAACAAUUUGUCAUUGCGCGGCGUUGUAUUCAAAGCGCGGUCGAAACACACUCAACGAAAACUCUGCUUAAUAGACACGUAGGCAGAGUUUUGGUUUCAGAUGAUUUUCAGCGUGAUUGUGAGUUGUUUAUUGUAUGUCAGUGGCGAAAGUCGAGCAUAUUUAAAGUCUUUUGCAGAGGGGGCAGGGGCGACAUGUGACAGAUCUCACCCACCGUACCUUAUUUGUUUAUCGCGCACUGCAAUAUCAAUGCUUGCUUAGAUAUACCUGUCGAUGAGUUUCGCUCACAUUCUAGGCUUAUUGCUUCGUAUAAAGCGAAAUGAAUGUUUGGGAAAGUAUUUAGUCUUGCCUCUAACUUUAGGAUAUGCUUCAUAAAAACUUUUUCCCAACUGAUACAAAUAUCUGUAAGAUAAAGAAUUUGUUAUUGACUUCUGGUAUUAAAUUUGAAAACAAUCUUUAUCAACGAUGCGGGACACGAACCCGCGACCUCUAGCGUUCCGUGUGAGCGCUCAUCCACUGAGCCAAGCGUUCGAGUGACGAAUCGUUAAUAAAUCUUGUUUGUCUUGUUCAACUCUCAGGUUGUGGCUUCGUUGGGUCCUAAUAUGCAAGUAUUGGGGUUAUCAACUGGAAAGUAGAUCCUGUAGAUGGGAGCCUCAACCUGAGAGUAUAAAAAGACAUACAAGAUUGAUCAACGAUAAUUAAUCUGUAAUAUAUUGUAGUGUAUAAAACUAAUCUUCGAUAUCUACCAAUCGUGUGUAAGUUAUCUUUGUUUGAGAGAAAUAUUUAAUUAUAUACAAUUACUAGCUGUCCCGACAGACGUUGUCCUGUAGGUAAUAAAAAAAAUACUGUUUUAUAGGAAUUUGCCAAUAAUGUUUCAAAACGUCAAGAAUUAUUUCGUAAAAUAUGCUCCCUGUUGUUACAAUGAAAUUGUUUCACAGUGGAACUGUCAAACCGUGCGUCACUAAAUUCUCUCAUAGAAAAUAUGUCCAUAUAAAACGAAUAUUGGAAAUAAAAAUAAUUAUAGGUCCCAAAUCGAAAUAAAAAGUAUCCUAUCUGUCAAGUUGGAGUAAACUGCACUCCAUGAAGCAAUCCCCAUUGAAAUUCGUUCAUUAGUUUAGGAGUCCAUCGCGGACAAACAACGUGUCACGUAAUUUAUAUAUAUUAAGAUUAUAUUAAUCGGCGGAUAUUAGUAUAGUUAAUGAUCUCAGUAUUAAGAUGGUUAUGUUCACAGUUAUUGUAUUAUAGCUUUAAUGUAUUCUGGGUUGUUUAUAACAUAUUUUAUAAGUUUUUGAUAUAUUUUAUUUUCAUUGGGUCUUAGGCACUGAUUAUUUUUAAUAUUAUAUAUUAUUGUAACAUCAGUGCAUAUAUGAUAUUUGCUUGAACGAGAUCCAUUAUUUGUUUUUGUAUUUUAACAUUUUUUUUAAAGUGAGAAUAUAUAAAAUCAGUCAAUCUAUGAACUUAUUUUGAUUUAAAAACAAAUUCUUAUUAAUAAAUACAGUUUAGUCCAUGUAAGAACGUUUCGAGUACAAACUUAAAACGUGGGACAUGCGGGGUACGGGGCGACUGUUCCUAUCCGUUCAUUGGUUAAUUAUCAUGGUACGAUUCAAUAACGUGUUCUGAUUGGCGCAUUUAUGUUGGUGUGCGUGUGCUCACAUAGCUAUGAAGAGCAUAGCUAUAGAAGCAACGCGGCUUAUUAUUGGUCGUCAGUUUUUUGGAUGAGCGGCGUGAACUAAAACAUAAUAUUACUGUUACGUUUUAUUUGUAGACUACAUUCUUUCUAAACUACACUUUUGUGUUAAAUAGGUACCAUACGGGGCUUGGACAUAAAAACAGGCGCAUUUUGUUUUUGAACCUAAAAUGUGCGCUGGGGCAUCUUAUUUUUGAGUGUUGAAUGAGGAUGAGCCGUCACGCUCGCCUUGUAACGCUAAAAGUCUACUAAGAGGGACUAGCUUGGCGAGCAUAGGUUUAUUUCGUAUUAUGAACCUCGCCCUCGAACAGUUUUCAGUUUUGUCUUGUUUUCUUAAGCUCAUACGUUUUUUUUUUGUUGAAUGACGGAAAAAGAGUUACUUGUAUCGUACCAAUAUUGACCAUUGAAAAUACCAAAAAAUAUAAAUUUAAAAAACAUAAUAAUUUACAUUAUAAUAUAUGCUCGUCUCUGCAGCAUCCUUGCUGCGGCCUCUGCUUAUUAAAAAUCAGACACGAGACAUUUAUUUAUUUUUUACAAAUUAACUCCUACAUGUUCUCGUAAAUGAAAUCAAUAUUACCGAUUUCGGUCUGAGAAAGCAUAAAUGGCACAACCCGUACCAUAUGUUUUAAAGCUUUUACCAUCGGAAUGUAUCGAAAAAAUCUUCGUUUUUAUAUCAUUUCAAAUUCAAAGUGUAUUUUGCAUAAUUUAGAACCAUUAUAAUAUUUACUACGUCAUUGUUGACGAUGGAAUAAUAUUCUUAUCAUGUGUAUAUAAUUUUGUUUGUUGUUUUAAUUUGCCAUUUGUCCGUCCAUACGUUUACCUAUGUUGCAUUUAUGUUGUUGUAUUAUUAUUUAAAUUAUAUGUCAUCUGAUAUAUACGUUCUCUCUAUAACGCGGUUGUGUGGUUGAGCGUUAUAGGAAACCGUUAUAUGUGUAAAAAUUAUAAUUAAACACAAUUCGUAACAAGUAUUUCCAAUAGUUUGCCUUGUUUUACUAUUUUAUUAUGGUUUUAAAUACACAAAUAAGAAAAAAAAAUAUUUUGUAAUUUCACAAUUAACACACGUGCAACGACACUCGAAGCUUAUUAUGAACUGUACAAAUCAUUAUAAAUUUCACAGUACAGAACUAUGUAUGUUAUAAGACAGCAUAAUAUGAAACCUUGUUAUAAAGAACCGCGUUAUAGGGGAAAUUACUGUGUUACUAAUAUACGAAUAUCGUGAUAAUCAUAUGCAAUGAAUAAGGAACUUAAUAAAAUAACUAAUAUGUAUUUAAUUUUAUAAAUAUAUAUACUUAAUUAUAAUUUGAAAUAACGACAUAUUGAUGACUCUGUGAAACAUAUUGUUGUAUAUAAAUUAUAUUAUGUAGUUUGCCUUGAUACGGCAUGAAACAUUAAACAUCUUUAUGAUCUGUUCUAUAAUAUUAUAAUGGUGAAUAUAUUUUUUGUUUGUUUGAACGCGCUUAUCUCUAGAUGUGCCAGUCGCAUUUUAAUAAUUCUUUUUCUAUACCCUGAUUCGUGACAAACAGUUAUAUUCUAUGUAGUAUAAGCCUACAUCUCUCAGUCUGCCUUAGAUUUUGAUUUUUGUGAAGGAAGCCGGACGAAAAUACGCUCACGAACUGUUGCUAUCUGUGUGUUAUUGCGUGAUGUGAUUGUGAUACGUAAAUGCAAUACAUACACAUAAAAAUAAGAUUUAAAAAUAAUAAAAGAAAAAAUUUGUACUCGUCUAUAGUAGUGGACCCAUAUGGGAGGCUCUUUUGCACAGUAAACCAGCUAGAUUAUGACUACUACAAUGGCGCCUAUUUCUGCCGUGAGGCAGUAAUGUGUAAACAUUACUGUGUUCCAUUCUGAAGGCCGCCGUAGCUAGUGAAAUUACUGGAUGCAAAUGAGACUUAACAUCUUAUGUCGCUGCUCAGAAUUUUUGGGUUUUUCAAGAAUCCUGAGCGGUACUGCAUUGUUAUGGGUAGGGCGUAACAAUUACCAUCAGCUGAAUGUCCUGCUCGUCUUGUCCCUUAUUUUCAUAUCCUUGUCCCUUAUAUAUUUCAUAAAAAGAAAUGUAGGGCCAACGAGCCGAGAUAAAGAAUAUAAACCAAAAUAAAUUAUAAACAAAUAAUGGAUUCCCUAUUCUAAUCUCUGUCGUCUGUAUAAGAUAAAGAUGAUUCGACGGAAGAGUCCGAAUCAGCCGUAUUUAUGACUAUAUAACUCAGUAACGGUCCGUUUGUUUACAAUAUAUUUUAUCUAGUCUCGUUGGCCGUAGUAUAGCGUCAUGUAAAAUUAUAUUACGAGGCUGAAAACGCGGGGCUUGGCUGUAUAACAAAAGAUGUUUCAUGUUUUAUACAACAAAUAUUAAAUAAAAUAAAUUAUUUAAGGUUAAAAGCAUAUUAUUUAUAUUUUUUAAACAAUGACAAGUUAAACAGAAGGUAUCCCAAGUAAAUGUUAUCCCACCUAUAAUGCGGUAGAGUUAUUUCGCGUUAUAGCCAUUUUCCUGUAACUUGUUAGUACGACCUUUUAAUUAUUAAUUAUAAUAAUCACAAUUCGUAACAAAUAUUUCCAAUUUUUUAUCUAGUUUUACUAUUAUAUUAAGGUUGUUGAUACACAAAUUUAAUAAAAUAAUUUAAUUUGGUAAUAACGCAAUUGACACACGUACAAAGGUACGCGAAGCUAGUUAUGAACUGUACAAAUCAUUUUAAAUUUCAUAGCACAGAAAUCUCCGCGUUAUAGGGAGAAUUGAAAUCGCAUUAUAAUACAACACAUUAUAGGAGGCUUUACUGUCUAUCAAAAGUUAAGAUGGUUGCAAGGACCCAAAGUACGAACCUUCACGAAAUGUAUGUUAUCCGAUAAUGUCCUUCCGUAUCUGAUCCUUAUAGCUAUAUAGCGAGACCCUCAUUCAAUGAUCGACAUUCAUCGCUUAUACAUCCCUAUUACGAAAACUACAAUAAGUCCAAUUAUUAAAUUUAAAAUGUAUCUCAAAGAGUAACUGAUAUAAUACGUAUGAUAAGAUUUUUCAUAAUAGCUGUUUUAUUAUUUAUUCAUGUCUUAUCAAAUUAUUAAAUUUACGAAUGAAAUCUUCUACCGAAUAAUGAUGGCCUCAAGACCAUUGUAAAAAUGUAAAAUAUUACACAAAAUAUAGGUAUUUGUUUUAAGUAAUGUUGGACAAGGUACCUACGCGGCAAUUGUUUAUGAAAUAAUCAAUUUGUGUUUCACUCAUGUCAAAUACUCGCUGCCCGAGGCGCCAUCUUGCUUGUCACUUAUUGGCUUCAUGUUUGACAUUAUUUUAAUUUAUAUUGUCCUUCUUAAAGUGACAUGCUUGCACCCUAUCCUCUGUGGAAUUGAAUAUUCAUUACUGAAAUAUUAUUUGAAAAAAAUAUAAGUACACAUUGUACGUACUUAACUAUGUGUAAACUUAGGUUCGAUUUUCUAUAAAAUAAAAUUCUAUACUAAUAUUAUAUUUGCAUACCCUGCAGGUCGAAUAAGAGAAACUAACCUAAAGUAAAACCGAUUGUAAAACUGACCUUAUUCAAAUGCAAAUAAGGAUAAUUAUUAAAAAGCCAAAAAGUUCUUUCCUUUUGCCUUUGUGCACACUAAUCUCGGAAACACCUAAAACGAUUUAAUUACAGUUUUCACUAGUGUGUUGUGUCCUUCAUAAUAAUUAUGUAGUGUUUGUAUUAUUCCAAGAGGCACAAACAAAAUUAUUUUAGUUAAAAGAACACAACAAAAUCUACGUGGAGGAAGUGGGCAUCCCUUAGUUCUGAAUGAUUUUACGUCCCUUUGGGCAUAAAUUCUAAACAAUGUAAGUAGGUAUUUAAAAAAUAUGUAGGUAAUUGGGAAUUAUUGGUUAAACCUAUCCUUUUAGCGUUCGUAAUAGGAACCUACCUGCGUUAUUGUGAUUCCCUAAUAUAAACCCCGUGAAAUAUAUCAAAUUGGUCAUCAUUAUUAUAAUUCAUUUUAAAUACUUUUGAUUCCAUGAGCUUGAUGUUGUGAAUAUCUUGUAGGUUAUUUAGAACCCCAGUGUUAUUUAGAGCUAAUAAAGUUGUAUUAUAUUUUGAUUAGAUUUAAUAAAUUUAAAUUAUUUUUACUGGCAGAA